AUGAAGGUUUUUACAUAUGUAUAUGUUUAUAGUGACAACCAAUGUAAAUGUGGAUAUUUGAAAUCACAACACGUGGAAGAGAUGCAGAUUAACGAUAAUGAGAAAUGGAAUUAUAAGAAACAUACUAAAGAAUUCCCAACUGAUGCUUUUGGAGACAUUAAAUUUGAAAAUUUGGGUAAGACAGGAAAGUACAUUCGUCUGUCAUGUGACACAGACUCUGAAACCCUCUAUGACCUAAUGACACAACAAUGGCAUCUAAAAACACCCAACCUCAUCAUCUCUGUCACAGGUGGAGCAAAAAAUUUUGCUUUAAAGCCACGCAUACGUAAAAUUGUCAGCCGGUUGAUUUAUAUUGCACAGUCCAAAGGAGCCUGGAUAUUCACUGGAGGUACCCAUUAUGGACUGAUGAAGUAUAUUGGAGAAGUAGUGCGAGAUAAUACUAUCAGUAGGAACUCGGAAGAGAACGUGAUUGCUAUUGGCAUAGCUCCUUGGGGCAUGGUAUCUAAUCGUGAGAAUCUUAUCAGAACUUGUGAUACUGAGACAUACUAUUCAGCAAGCUACAUCAUGGAUGAUCAGAAAAAGGACCUUUUAUACUGUUUAGAUAAUAACCAUACUCAUCUAAUUUUGGUGGAUAAUGGAACUCAUGGGUGUCAAGGCACAGAGACAAAGUUACGCACCCAGUUAGAAAAAUAUAUUUCAGAAUGCAUUAUUCCAGAAGUGUUAACCCUGGACAUAGUGCAAAGAGUCUUAAAAGAUGCUUUAACAGAGCAGGCAGUUGCUUUAGAACUCAAGAUACAGGAAAAUGUUUCAGCUGCCUUCAAGGAGGUCUCGGAGGAAAUUUUGGGGAUCAAAGAGCUAAUCCAGAUUCACAACCAAGAGAUAAAAGAAGAUAUUGUGGAAGCCUUUAAAGGCUUGUCUGGCUAUGUAUCUUUAUUGGAUGAUAAAGUGGAAGAAAUUAACCAGUCUAAUGUUAAUUUAGAUAACUGGACUAAACUUUUACCUUUUGCAGAAGUAGCAUUCAAUAACACUGUACACUCAAGUACCGGUUUUACCCCUUUUAGAAUAGCAACAGGCCAGGAUUUCAGCCCCAUGCCUGAACCCACUAUCCCCACAAUUAAGGAGUGGAUGGACACUUUACAAAACAUAUGGCCAGUAGUCAGAUUAGCUUUACAGGAAGCUAGAGAGGCUUUUAAAAUUCAAGCUGAGAAGAAAAGAAUGGAACCCAAACCUUUCCAUAUUGGAGAUAGGGUAUACUUAUCUACAAAAUUUCUGAAGUCACUACAGCCAUUAAAGAAAUUAGGGCCAAAUUUCAUUGGACCUUUCCCUAUCACUAGGGUCAUCAAUCCAGUAACAGUAGAACUACUCCUUCCAAAGACACUCAGGCAAGUCCACCCAGUAUUCCAUAUUAGUUUACUCAAACAAGAAGUAAUCUCAUCACUCAGACCACCUGCACUUACACCACCUGUUCCCAUCAUGAUAGAAGGUGAACAACACUUUGAAAUCAAGGAAAUGCUUGACUCUAGAAUCCACAGGAGGAAAACACAAUACUUAGUUGCUUGGAAGCAUCUACCCUCAUCCCAAAAUGAAUGGGUCGCUAAACACCAUGUUAGGCCCCCUACUUUAUUGAAAAAAGCAAUUAACACUGCCAUCAAGAACAAAAUUCCCUGUGUCGUGGUGGAAGGUUCUGGUCAGAUAGCAGAUGUGAUUGCAAGCUUGACAGAGGCAGAAAGCACAUUUACUUCCUCAUCUGUUAAAGAGAGAUUGCUCAGAUAUUUGCCUCGCACACUUUCUAGACUCAAUGAAGAGGAGAUUGAGAGUUGGAUCAAAUGUAUCAAAGAAAUACUUGAAAAUCCUCAUCUGCUAACAGUCAUCAAAAUUGAAGAUGCUGGAGAUGAAAUUGUGAGCAAUGCCAUUUCAUAUGCUCUUUUUAAAGCUUUCAGCACAAAUGAAGAAGAUAAAGAUGAUUGGAAUGGUCAACUGAAAUUGCUUUUGGAAUGGAAUCAAUUGGACAUAGCCAGUGAAGAGAUUUUUACCAAUGAUCGACGUUGGGAGUCUGCUGAUCUUCAGGAUGUCAUGUUUAUAGCCCUGGUAAAGGACAGACCAAAAUUUGUUCGUCUCUUUCUUGAAAAUGGGUUGAAUCUAAGGAAGUUCCUCACUCAUGAAGUUUUAACAGAGCUCUAUGCAAAGAACUUCAGCAAUCUGGUAUUUAAAAAUCUACAAAUUGCUAAGAACUCCUACAGUGAUGCUCUUCUUACUUUUGUAUGGAAGAUGGUAGAGGAUUUCAGAAAAGGCAUUAAAAAAGAAGACAAAAAUGGCAAAGAUGACAUAGAGAUACAGCUGCUGGAUGGAUCUCUUAUUACGAGGCACCCUUUGCAAGCUCUCUUUAUUUGGGCUAUCCUUCAAAACAAAAAGGAACUAUCCACUGUAAUUUGGGAACAGACAAGAGGCUGCACAUUGGCAGCACUAGGGGCCAGCAAGCUUCUGAAAAGCUUAGCUAAGGUAAAAAAUGAUAUUAAUGCUGCUGGAGAAUCAGAAGAGUUGGCAAAUGAAUAUGAAACAAGAGCUGUAGAAUUGUUCACAGAAUGUUACAGCAGUGAUGAAGAUCUGGCAGAACAGUUACUUAUUUAUUCCUGUGAAGCAUGGGGUGGAAACAGUUGUCUAGAACUUGCGAUAGAAGCUAAGGAUCAACAAUUCAUUGCUCAACCAGGAGUCCAGGUUAUCAUCAGCAUAUUGAUGAUACUGUACCCCAAAACCAUGGAUGAUCUCACCCAG